UGCCUACGGGCUCCGUCCCCUUGUUGGAGGCAUCGAUGUUGCAGUCCUCUCCUUCCCUUGCUCGACAUGCUUCAGGGGAAACCCUAGAUCUGGUCUCCCGGGUCGGAUGAUGACGACGCCAUUGGCUAUGCCCGGCAUCGUGUUUCCUCUCGAGGACUAAGUGUUUCCUCUCGAGGACAUCGUCUUGGAGCUAGACUCGGUCAGAGGGACUAAGUGUUCAUGGAGGUGGUUGGCGACGGCUUAUGUGACAUCUCCAUGAGAGCAGCAGAAGCACCCUUCACAUGCAAGGUGCGCUAGGCAAGUUAUGUCUGCCAAUCUCGUGGGAUUGAAGCGGCAUAUGUUUGCUCUUUCGGACAUAGCGUUCCUCUUCGAUGUCGUCGAGUUUUGUGGAGAUGCUUGUGGCAGCCUGGAUUGACAUGACGGUUUUUGGUGUGCACUUUGGUAGCAGCGAAGGCGCUCGAGUACCCGGCCGGGUGUGUUGUGGGGUGUUCGCCUUUCUGGCGUGUUGUAUGUUUUGUGGUGCUUGGCGUUGCUUAGGUUUUCGCCUGGUUUCCCUUGAUAAACCGAGCAAUCAUUUCUUUCUUCUUUUUUAGCACUCGUCUUAUGCGGUGCAUUCCUCCUCUGGGGGUGUUACUUGUAAUACCUCUUCUGAUCAAUGAAUUUGGUAGCUCUCCUGCCAACAUUCUAAAAAAAAAACUUCUCCGAGCGACUCUGGGGAUUCAGCCAUGUCCAUCACGACGGACGAGGACCACGCCGGAUGGACAUUCGGCGACAGCGCCAGCGGCAGUGACGAGGAAGAGGAAUGUAAGACAAACCCCGUAAUCGAUAUUUCACUUGAUUUGUGUUUCCUCGCGGCUUUGCUUAGUUAUGGAUCAUUGCUCCCGAUUUAACAUACAGCAAAGAGAAAAAUGAUUCAGAAACAAUAAUAACAUCUUGCUGAAUUAGUUAUACAGACUUGCCCUAUAAUCGAAAAUAAAAUCGUGUUUUUGAACAUGAGGUCCGUGCUUAACUUGAAGAUAUUGGGCACACACCCUUAAUAUGAAUGUGGAUUUUUUUUUCAGGUAUACUGAGUGUAGCCUAGUCAAUCACAGUUGGUUUCUCUGCAAUGCUUUCUGUAGUGAUUCAUCUAGGGAUUUUUAGCCUUGUACAUUUAGCUUCCAUGUCAGUAAGGGAUGUACGGAUUGUGCAAGUCCACAUCCUAGACAAAGUUCUUACUUGAUUUCACUAUUUCGAUGAUUUUGCAUGUAGGGACAAACCGACCUUUUACAGUUGACGAUUUUCCAAGGGUUAGUUAUGACCGUGGUGAACAGACUUAUAGAAUCUAUGCGAAUCCUGAUUUUCUUCUUCGUGGCCCUGCGCCACUCUCUCUUUUCCGUGCAUACAAUGACCCCCUUGUUGAUAAAGAGAGGGAUUGGUUUUGUGAAGAGUAUGAACUCCAUGACGAGUCUGAAAUCACUGUUAACGAUGUUGGGAUCAAUGAUUGCUCAAAUAGCUGUGAUCGAUCUACAAUGGUCUUGGUGCAGUUCUUUGAUCUUAAAAUCGUUGGCUAUCACCAUACCCAGCCUGGACCUGCCAAAAUAUUUGGUUUUUUCGCAGCACGGGAUCGGAUCAAACCCCUGCGCAACUAUGUCUACAAGCGCGAGAUUGAUAAUUAUGAAGCUGUGGCUGUGAAUCGGAAAAUGGGUACUGCACGUUUAUCACUGGGAAGCCCUGCUCGAGGUAUCAAUAUGACAGACCAUGUGUUGUUCGAAUUCAAACUUUGCAUACGGAUUGAAGGCCAACCAGACGAGGGGCCAAAAGAGGAGCUUCUAAUUGAAGGAUGUACUGAGUUGAGCAAUAUGUUCAGACCAUCAUUUGUUGAAACCCAACGUCUUUAUGGAGAGAAGUGUGGAUUGGACCUGAAGUUUGCCGUACUGAACAGCGCAGUUCAAGCAAAGAUUGAUGUUGAGAUAGUUUACGCUCCUGCAUGUGGCCUUAUUCUGAAUCUGUAUGCCAAGACGAGUGGCUUCGGGAAUAUUAUCCGCCUGUUUCGUGGACGUUCAAAAGCCGGUGGUAGAUUCAGUUCUGUUGUGGGGGUUUUGAUAGAUAGCUACCUUGAUGUUUGCGUUGAAGGGUCUUCCAGAGAGGGUCUUUGUCAGAGGUCGCCUCAAGACGGUUGUGGUCUUGAUCAGAAGCUGCCCUGUUAUACCUGGACAGGCAGAUUUGAUGCAUGCUAUCGUGGAACAGUGGUUGAAAAGGUGAAGUUUGAUAAAUUCACUACGAUUUCAGUGAAAGUGACUUGGAGUAUGGUCGAUGAAGAAUGGCGCAUCCGAUAUGCUUAG